AAGUGGAAACACACUGAAAGCCAUACACGACACAGAGUCGUACUGAUCAAAGCCAAUCCAUACCUACUCGGUAACGAACACAAACCCCCUACAUUACUUUGAUAGGGUAUUAUAAAGUGUGGUUACGUGUACGUAGCUUAGCUAUCCAUUUUGAAAUUACUUGAAGCUGCCGACCUUUUCACGUGUGCACACUCCGUGCUCAUGGAUGUUUUAGAAGACUACGUUUCUCCUCCAUCUCUCCCUAGGCCUCUUGACGGCAGCCCGGGCGUUACGGCGGUGGCCUGCGCCAAUGGCAUCAGUGGUCCAGUCGCCCACAAACUUAGGAACUAUUUACGGCAGAAGGCUCUGAAGAUGGACGCGUUCGUUGCGGAAUUAGUGAAGGCGUCCGAGUACUACGGCGCCAAGCACGUGCAAGAGGCGCUGAUGACCACGCUUGGCAUCGACGCCUUGGAGUCGAGCACACUCGUUCGUGUUCUUGUCCCCAAGGACAACAACAAGCGCCGGAACAGUAACGCCUCAUCUGGAAGUGGGCCUUCCACAACCAAGCAAGUGGCCAAGCACUUGUCCUCCACCAUACCAUUGAAGUACCAGGUGGUCGUUAAGAAGGUUUCGAAGCCCGACGCCAUCAAGAUUAACAAGUGGUUCCUUAUCCUUGGGGUUACCUGGGACACCCUGUCGUCCGCACUGGCGAAGAAGGACAAGCUUAAGGGCGCGGUGAAAAAGACAACCGACGUUGUUGACCUUAAGAACUUGGGGAAGCGGUGGAUGGUGGAGCUCUUCCGGUCACUGACUGGAGAGAGCCUCUCAAAGGUUCAGCAGGAAGACAAGGCUACGUACGACACUGUCUAUGACGCCUUGAAGGCGAAGCUGCAGAACGCGAUGGUCAACCAUCAGUCAGACAAGGCUAAGCUCGAGACCGUGGCGACCAUGGACGCCGUCCGUGCGACCGAGCUCUUUAAGGAGUGGGUGACUGCCCAUGUCGAGGUCAGCACUCAGCCAGCAGGUCAGGAACGCAAGAAGAGCAACCACACGGCUGCAACUGAGGGUAAGUGA